CCAGACUGAUUCGGAGUCGAUUCUGGGAUAUGGGGAAUCGAACUCACCUCUGUCUUGUUUUCAUGGCUCUUUUCCUGGCAGAGAUAGUUUACGUUUGAUUCCAGCUUUCCGUGUCGGUGUUUUCCUACAUCAGGGUGUGAAGGAUCCAGGAACAUUAAUUCGAAUCCAUGCCAUUGUAUUUUUUUUUUCUGCUUAUUGAUGGAAACAUUGGUCGAGCUGCAGCGAGUUAAGAAGCCAAAGACGCUGAAUGCUUGUUCCCGUGUCACUGAGUAAUUAAAUCUGCGGUCAUGUGAGAAAUCUGCAAAUGGAAACUUGGCAUAUGACUUUAACCAGCUGCACAUUUGGCACAUGAUGACCCCCGAUGGUGGGUUUGAUUGAGGCACACCAGGAAAAGGCAGAAUAAUUUCACACAAAUUGACCAACACUAUGUGCUCAACGAACCAUCCAGCUAACUGGGUGACAUUCGAAGAUGAAGGCACCCCCCUGGCCUCGCCGCAGAAAAGCCUGCAGUCUCCUCCAUCAAAUUCCGGGUCAAUACCUCGACCAAAUGGCUUGAAAUUGGUGCUGCCUCCUUUGGGGAGUUCAGCAAGAAGGUUAUCCAGUCCAUUGGAAUCUCCUCAAAUGCCCUUUAGCUUCAAUGGGAGCUCAUGUGUGCCCAGCAACACUCCAAUGUGCACUCCAGUAAGGGAAACUCCAACCGGUCCAUCUCCAUUUAACUGCGACUCUCUCAGGCCACCGAGUGUCUUCAGGAGUUUCUCCAACACAUCAACAAAUCUCUCUUCUCCUGAUAGACGUUUGUCCUCUGAGGCAUCUACUUCCUUCCCAUCAUUCCUAGACCAAGAUCCCGGUCGUGUUCACCUAUUUUUGGGUGAAAACAAGCACAAGAGAGAUUCUGGAAGUUCUUCAUCAGACUCUGAGCCUGGCUCAAGCUUGCCUCGCUUCUUUAUCCGAACCAAGGAUGGUUACGAGCCACCGAGGGACCAACUUCAAAACUCCUACUCAUACAUCUGCCAUAAGCUAGAGCGGUUAAAGGCAAAGGAGGGCCAAGACCAAGAGAGUGAGGAAGGAGUUUUGGAUAUGAGCAAACUAAAGGAUAUUGAUACAGGAAGAAGUCUUUCUUCCUUUGUUCCACAGGGACUGUUCCUCAGCCAGAGGAGGCAUGGCUGGUCAUUAAUGCUGAGGAUCCCUGAGAAAAAGAACCGUAUGUCAUCCCGCCAGUGGGGCCCUAUAUACUUACAGCUGCUCCCAGGAGCUGUUCUCCAAAUGUAUUAUGAAAAAGGUUUGGAGAAACCUUUCAAAGAGUUCCAGCUGAGCUCCAGUUGCUAUAUUUCAGGCCCCAAACUGGAAAGCUAUGGUGAGCCACGAAAAAUUGUGACAUUGAAGAUCGAACAUGUGUCAUACGUGGAACGAAAGCGCUACCACUCUAAACCUGAGGUAAUGCAUGAAUCUGAAGUGGAGCAGCUGCUGAAGUUUGGCACAACGGAGUACAGAGACAUGGAGGACUUGCUGGUGUCCCUUGAGGAGGAGCUGAUGAGAUUACCAGGUCCUCUCAAGCAACCAAAACAUUACGAUGAGCAAGAGCUAUCUUUGCAGAUUGCAGACCAUAUCUGGAUGCAAGUAGAUAAGGAUGGAGCCACGCUAGAAUGUGCAGCCAUCACACGGCUCCACUGCUUGGCCUUCAUAAACGGUACAGCGGAAUGUUUCCUGGCGUUGAACGACCUCGGGCUUCUGAACAAAGACUCUAAUUAUGGCUCUGCAGAGGAUGAAGUGUGGAUGGAGAUCGCCGACUACCACUUUCACAAGUCUGUGAGAGAGGCUGAAUUCGAAGACACUAGGUUGAUUAAGUUCUCGCCACUGGAUGCCUGCAGGGUGGAACUCGGUCGCUACAGGACAGUAUCGCUGAACUGUAGAGACCUUCCCUUCUCAGUCAAGGCUACAGUCACUGUUCAAGGUGCCUACCUGGAGCUACAAGCCUUUCUCAAUAUGCAGUCAUCCUUCCCUUCACUUGGGGCACAUUCAGAAACGCUUUGUGAAAACGUGUUAAUCCAGGUUCCACUACCUGGGGAUUGGGUGAAAGUGCCUCGCACCAUCUCGCUGCUCUGGCAGAAAUCCAUCAAGGCCCGCAUGAACAGAAAUGCCUGCCUGGGCUCAGUAAAUGUCACAGAUUCUCACCCAGUCAUGCAGGUGACUGUUGGUACUGUCAAGUAUGAGAACGUAUACGGAGCCAUCGUUUGGAGGAUUGACAAACUUCCUGCUAAGAACAUGGCAGCAGAACAACCCCAUUGCUUCUCCUGUAAGCUGGAGUUGGCGUCGGACCAAGAUAUCCCCACUGACUGGUUCCCAUUCAUCACCAUGGAGUGUGAGGUGGCAGAUACGGUCGCUUCUCAAACCAGGGUGAAGUCUUUGGGAACAGAAAGUGACAUUCAGCCUCAGAAACACAUCAGUUACAGGGCAUUCUAUCGAUGGCAGGUGGAAAUUGAGAAGAAGCUAAUUGAGGCAGAAUCGCAGAAACCGUCAAGCUGCGCAACACAGUGAACCAAAAUGUAGAUUUUUAUUUCAGAAGAAAAAGAAAAAGGGAUUUACAUACUAGCACUAAUGAAUAAUCAGCAUGCACUUACAUCAGACACAUGAAAUGUUGUUAGUCUUUACUCUGGUCUUUUUUUCCCCCUCAAGUAAAGAUCAACACACACAGCUCGACAAUAUUACACAUAAUCUUCAUAUAUAUAUAUAUAUAUAAAAUUAUGUGACCUACAGUACAUGUGUGUAUUUAUAUUAACCAUUGAAUAAAUUAAUAUGAUUUGUAAGGCUCUGCUACCGCAAUGACCGUUAAAGGCCUGUCCAUCAUCCUACAGUAUUUGCACUUUAGUCUAUUCUACAUUGCAAGAUUUCAGAGGGAUAAAAUGCAUGUUAAACACCCUCAUUACGUACAGAGCACUGUUCACAUUUAACAUUGUGGGUUAUUAAAUUACACAUGUAUGUGAUGUAAGCAAUAAAUAACAAAUUCCAGUAUAAUUAAACUUGCUUACUA